AAGUAGUGGACUUGUGGAGCGGCCAAUCCAGAUAGGGAGUGUGGAGUGUGGACUUGCGGGGAGAAGAGAGAGAGAGAGAGAGAGUGGAGUGAGAGCCGACCGCGCUGUCAGAGCCUCUCCUGGGGAUUCCGAGAACAAAAAUAAAAGAAAAAGAAAAUAAAAAAUCCGAAAAAGGAAAGAGAGAGAGAGAGAGAGAGAGAGAGAGAGAGAGAGAGAGAGAGGGAGUCGGGGAUGGAUGCUGUGACAUUCGGUAUUAUAGUCGGCAUAAUCAUCCUCUUUUUCGUUUCAGUUGUUGUUAUGACCAUCGAAGGUACUUGCAAGCGCCGUCCUUCUUCUUAAACCCUCCCUCCCGACGGACGGGCUUCAACUACUACACCAACUACCGACCUUAAAUUCGAUAUUUACAAUAAAACCCCCAUCUUAACCGACAAGACAAUUGGGGUUUCUCAGAAAAUGGCGCUUUGUAAGAAAGGUUUGGUCUUGGUUGCUCUUGCUUUGGUUGUUGGGCUCUGUUCGGAUCUGAGUUUUGUUUCUGGGUUCCCUGCAUCUGCCGCUCACGAGCCUCACACUCACCACCAGGGUUGCAGCCAUGCGCACCACCACCACCAGGACCACGGCCACAGUCACGGCAGCGGCCACGGCCACGACGAGGAGGAGGAUAGAUUACUGCCGAGAUCGAAGCUUCCCGAGGAAUUGGCGGAGGAGGAGGACAUGAAGUUGUACGGAUUUGAAUUUCACCAUCACGGUCACGAUCACGAUCACGAGCAUUUUGGUGCUCUGCAGCUCUCAGUUGCUGGUCUCUGGAUUCAUUCCUUGGGGUGCUCGCUUUUGGUGAGCAUGGCCUCCCUUAUCUGCCUGAUUAUCUUGCCAGUGAUGUUCGUACAGGGGAAACCAUCCAAGGCAGUUGUUGAUUCGUUGGCUAUAUUUGGGGCUGGAGCAAUGUUGGGGGAUGCUUUUCUUCAUCAAUUACCGCAUGCCCUUGGAGGAGGGCACUCCGACUCGCAUGACCACCAUGAAGGCCAUUCCCAUUCUCAUUCGCAUGAGCAUUCACAUUCGCAUUCUUUGGAAGAUCUUUCAGUAGGAUUAUCCGUCCUGGCGGGAAUUGUAUUAUUUCUUCUGGUAGAAAAGACAGUGAGGUAUGUUGAGGAAAACUCUGGAGGAACUAAUGCAUGGAGUCACGGUCAUCAUCACCAUCAUCAUAAGAACAGCAAGAAACUGAAGGAUGAUAAUGAUUCUCACGAUGACUUGCAUUCAGAAUCUUCCAAUGGAAAAGAUGGAAGGAAGCUGAAGACAUCUGAUGGAGAAGUGGCAUCUGAUAGUUUAAACGAUCCUUUGAUCGAAAAUACUCAACAUGACUCUCAUAUUCGUAAGAGAAACACUAGGACUGGUGGGAGUGAUGAUAAACAAGAUGUAGAUGCUGCAAAUGAUUCCACUUCUGAGGCCAAGUCUGCAAAAGGGGAAACUACUCAAUCACCCUCAAAUCUUGUGUUUGGCUAUCUCAAUCUCUUCUCGGAUGGUGUUCACAAUUUUACAGAUGGGAUGGCUUUAGGGAGUGCGUUCCUGCUUCAUGGAUCUGUUGGUGGGUGGUCUAGAACUCUAUUCUUGCUUGCGCAUGAAAUUCCCCAAGAGGUCGGUGAUUUUGGUAUUCUCGUAAGGUCUGGUUUCAGCGUAUCUAAAGCUCUGCUCUUCAACUUUCUCUCAGCACUUGUGGCACUACUUGGAACCGCAAUGGCUCUGAUUUUGGGACAGAAUGCAGGACGGUCAUCUUUGAUUGAGGGCUUUACAGCUGGUGGAUUUAUAUACAUUGCUGUUGCUGGAGUGCUUGCUGAAAUGAACAGCAAUGGCAGCUCAUCGUUGAAAAGCACGGCUUUACAAUUAACUGCAUUGAUACUUGGCAUGGGAGUUGCACUAUGUAUAUCACUUUUUGAAUGAAAGUUCGUUCAGAAACCGGAGCGCGACUAUCCAAAUGUACUUCACAGGUAUCAGGGUUUUACAGCUGCUAAUUGUGAAAUGAAUGUGGAAAAAGGGACGGGAAGAUGUAGAAAAGAUUAAUGUGACUGGAGAACUCUCGAGGGUGAUAAUUCUUGACAUUUUUCCUCCCCUGGAAGACGGUGAACUUGCUUUUUUUCCUCCCCUGUUUCUUCAUAUCUUUUUCUUUUCAGAUACUACUAUAUCAAGGACGUGAUUUUUAUAACGAUAGUGAUCAUAUUCUAUGCCUUUUCCUUUGAAA